GGUCGUUUUGCAGGCGAUGCCCCUAGACUGUAAGAAUUGUCACAGACAGGUGGGGUGAAAAUCGGGUUGAGAGAUCGGAGCUUUAGAUGUCCGGCAACGGAGCCGCGGGGUGGUGGCUCUUUCCCAACUUCAGGGUUGCACAUACAGUAGUACCCAGCUUGGGUAGCUUUUGGUGGGGUUGGAACUGCUUGCACUAUUGAACCCCGCGAUGAAAUUUUAUCAUAUUCGUCCGAUCGAAACGCUACCUGCAUUAAAUAUAUCUAUCAUACACCCCCUUGCACAGCGCAACACAUGAAGGAUAGAAGCCGUUCAAGCUCGCUAACAUCCAAUUGAAAGCCCCAUUUCGACUCUCCAGCCAGUCGUAAAUCGUCCGCACUAUGUCUCAGAGGAUCGCCAUCCUCUCUGUCUAUGACAAGACGGGUCUCCUGGAUCUGGCCAAGGGCCUCGUCCAGCAGAAUGUGCGAAUCCUAGCUUCAGGGGGUACGGCUCGGAUGAUCCGUGAAUCUGGCUUUCCCGUAGAGGACAUCUCGGCUAUUACGAAAGCCCCUGAGAUGCUCUCGGGGAGAGUCAAGACCCUCCAUCCCGCUGUUCACGCCGGCAUCCUCGCUCGCAACCUCGAAUCUGACGAAAAGGACCUUGCUCAACAGAGCAUCGACAAGGUCGACUAUGUAAUCUGCAAUCUGUACCCCUUCAAGGACACUAUUGCGAAACCCAAUGUGACAGUUCCCGAGGCUGUCGAAGAGAUCGAUAUCGGUGGUGUAACCCUCAUCCGAGCUGCGGCAAAGAACCACGCCCGUGUUACUAUCCUGAGUGACCCUAAGGACUAUCCCGCGUUCUUGAAGGAAUUAGAGCAGGGUGAGAUCAAAGAAUCCAGUCGUAAUACAUAUGCUCUGAAGGCCUUCGAGCACACAGCCGAUUACGACACUCACAUCUCAGCGUUUUUCCGCUCUCGUUACGCCGAUGGCCAGCAACACAUGGCCCUCCGAUACGGCGCCAACCCUCACCAAAAACCAGCCGCUGCCUAUACAUUAUCCGCGAAUCUUCCUUUCAAAGUUUUAGGUGGAUCACCCGGCUAUAUCAAUCUACUAGAUGCGCUAAACAGCUGGGCUUUGGUCAAGGAGCUGAAACUAGCUUUAGGAAAGCCUGCCGCCGCGAGCUUCAAGCAUGUGUCGCCUGCAGGUGCAGCAAUUGGCGUACCCCUGAGUGCAGAUGAACGCAAGGUAUAUUUCGUUGAUGAUAUUCAGGGUAUUGAGACGUCUAGCCUUGCCCAGGCGUAUGCCCGCGCCAGAGGCGCUGAUCGCAUGAGCAGCUUCGGGGAUCUUAUCGCUUUAAGUGACGUAGUUGAUGUUCCAACGGCAAGUAUCAUCUCCAAGGAGGUCUCUGAUGGCGUUAUCGCCCCUGGCUACGAAGAUGCUGCUCUUGAAAUUCUGAGGAAGAAAAAGGGUGGCAAGUAUCUUGUCCUUCAGAUGGACCCCGAGUACCAGCCUGAUACUAUUGAGACGAGAACCGUCUACGGUGUCACUCUUUCUCAACACCGAAACGACGUCGAGAUCUCACCUGAUUCAUUUAGUCAGACUGUGACACCGAAGGACUUCGUUGUCCCUGAGGCGGCUGCCAGAGACUUGACUGUUGCCACAAUUGCUCUGAAAUACACACAAAGUAACUCUGUCUGUUACGCAAAGGACGGACAGGUCAUCGGAUUGGGUGCUGGACAGCAAUCGCGUAUCCAUUGCACUCGUCUCGCUGGUGACAAAGCCGACAACUGGUGGCUUCGCUUCCACCCACGGGUUCUGGGCAUAAAGUGGAAGAAGGGGACCAAGCGUCCUGAUAAGAGCAACGCGAUUGAUCUUCUAGUAAGCGGCGAGUUGCCUAAGUCAGGCCCUGAACGCGAGGCAUUUGAGGCCACGUUUGAAGAGGUGCCGGCGGCUUUCUCUGAGGAAGAGCGCAAUGACUGGCUCAGCAAGCUCGGCGAGGUCGCCGUGUCCAGCGACGCUUUCUUCCCCUUCGUUGAUAACAUUUACCGUGCGCACCGCUCAGGUGCCAAAUACAUCGCCGCUCCUGGUGGCAGUCAAAACGACUUCGCUGUCUACGAGACCGCCGAAAAACUUGGCAUCGUCUUCGUAGAGCAGAAUAUCCGUUUGUUCCACCAUUAGACUGGGUUAUGUUGCAUAAGAAACUUUUGCUAUAAAGGGAUCUAGGGAGAAGUAAAGAUAGAAAAAACCAAGCUCACGUGAA